GCCCAGCGAACGGAAGCGCGGGGCCGCUGCGAUGGACAGGCGGCGCCGGCCAAUGGGCGGGCGGGAUGGCCUCCCAAAAUCCAUGAUCGAGAAGGGCCCGGAGGUCUCGGGGAAACGGCGGGGCAGGAACCACAACGCCGCCGGGGCGAAUAAUAACAACAACGGCGGCAGUAAAAGUUUAUCCGCCGCCCCCAACGGCAACAGCAGCGGGAACUCCUGGGAGGAGGGGAGCUCGGGGUCCUCCAGCGAUGAGGAGCACGCUGGCGGCGGAAUGAGGGUCGGGCCGCAGUACCAGGCGGUGGUCCCUGAUUUCGACCCCGCCAAACUUGCAAGGAGAAGUCAGGAGAGAGAGAAUCUCGGCAUGCUGGUCUGGUCACCUAACCAGAAUCUGUCUGAAGCAAAAUUGGAUGAAUAUAUUGCCAUUGCUAAAGAGAAGCAUGGAUACAAUAUGGAGCAGGCCCUUGGGAUGCUGUUUUGGCACAAGCACAACAUUGAGAAGUCUUUGGCAGAUCUGCCAAACUUUACUCCGUUCCCAGAUGAGUGGACAGUGGAAGACAAGGUCUUGUUUGAACAGGCCUUCAGUUUCCAUGGGAAAACUUUUCACAGGAUCCAGCAGAUGCUUCCUGACAAAUCAAUAGCCAGCCUGGUGAAAUUUUACUACUCCUGGAAGAAGACAAGGACUAAAACUAGUGUGAUGGAUCGUCAUGCUCGUAAACAGAAAAGGGAACGUGAGGAAAGUGAGGAUGAAAUGGAGGAAGCAAAUGGAAAUAACCCAAUUGACAUUGAAGUUGAACAAAACAAGGAGAGCAAAAAGGAGGUGCCACCUGCUGAAACUGUCCCUCAGGUGAAGAAGGAGAAGCACAGUACACAGGCCAAAAACAGAGCAAAGAGGAAACCUCCCAAAGGAAUGUUCCUUUCCCAGGAAGAUGUGGAGGCUGUUUCUGCCAAUGCAACAGCUGCUACCACUGUACUCAGACAACUGGACAUGGAAUUAGUCUCAAUCAAACGACAGAUUCAGAAUAUCAAACAGACAAACAGCGCGCUCAAAGAAAAACUUGAAGGUGGUAUAGAACAAUACAGACUUCCAGAGGUCGUCCAGAAAUUUAAUGCACGUUGGACCACAGAUGAGCAGCUUCUUGCUGUGCAAGCAAUCAGAAAAUACGGCCGAGACUUUCAGGCAAUCUCUGAUGUGAUUGGAAACAAAUCUGUGGUGCAAGUGAAAAACUUUUUUGUAAAUUAUCGACGUCGUUUCAACAUAGAUGAAGUCCUACAGGAGUGGGAGGCAGAGCACGGCAAAGAGGAGACAAAUGGAACCAAUAGCCAGAAGCCUGUAAAAUCCCCUGAUAAUUCCACUAAGAUGUCCGAAGAGGAAGAUGAGGCUACUUCUGUUCUUGAUGUCAGAUAUGCAUCUGCUUCGUGAGAAGGUGCUGUAGCCUAGAACAAUUUGUGUUGACUACUGUGUUAUCCAGGAUAUCAGGUAUUAGCAAACCUCAGACAGCCAUCUGCAUCAUAUCUGUGGACAAGCAGCUAUUACCAAAAAAAAGGCAAACGCUUCCAGUCCUGUGCUACAUCUGCCUUAAUCUCCCCUCAUUCCUCCAUACUGCCUCCACUUUCUUUCAAAAGCACCCAGGUAGCUCAGCUCUCCAUUUCAUCAACAUCAUGCUUAAGCAUGGGGACUUCUAGAACCAGUAACACCUAUAAAUUUUUGACCAACCUGCAAAACAAGGAGCUCCUUAGCAGCCCCACUGUAACUCUACACAUUAGGAGUUCUUAUAACACUUGGUCCAUAGGGUAUAAGUAUGUAUUGCUGCAUGGCCUUGUGGUCUCCGCUUCCUGUGUAUUCUUACGAUGACACUAUUGUUAGUGAGCUUUCUAUAAAGGAGAGGCCUGUGCACAUGCCAGCAGUGUCAGGUUUGUUCUGCCAUGACAGGACAUGUUAACAAACAAUCUUGAAUAAUGCAGAGUGAUAGGAAAUGUUAUUUCUAAGGUUCGGUCAGUCCAAGGUUGUAGAUGUAACUCAUUACACUUCUGGUUUGUGCAAUUCCUUCCACUGUAUUUGUGUGUUCUUGCUUCAUAGAAAGCUCCCUAAUUGAGCAUUUUAUUCCUGUAUAUUUUAAUGGCUUUUAUUUAGUGCAAAAGGGAAUACGUAACCUGAAACUGUUUGAUACGCUAUUUAACCCCUGGCAUUCAGCAUUUGCAUUGUAACUUGUUAAAUGAGUGCUACACAACUUUCUUUUUCCUGAUCCUCUGCGGGAUUAAGUCAAAACAAACUUCCUCUGGUGCCUCUCCUUUGGGGAAUAUGUGCCUUUUUACAUUUGGCUACCAUAGGUCACUUUCUGUCCCAGUGUCUCAUUUCUCUUCAGAGCGCUGUUUGCCAAAGACAUCAAACUGCUUCUCCCACUGGAAGUCUGGAUGAGGGUUGGAGCACAAAAUUCAACCUUCAAGAGUUUUUGAUCUCUUGGAAUUUAAUGGAGAAGAACCGGGUUAAUUUUCAUUGGCCAUUUUAACCCUUCUGAAGCACACAUCGCUUUCAUGUUCUGAACCAAAAUAUGCAAUUUAAAAUCUAAGAGGUGCUUUUCCAAAUACUUGGUGCAUGCAGCUUUCAAAUCCCAGCCCUCUGCUCGGAUGACCUGGCUUGAACUGGAGCUGUUCUUGGAAGUCCUGUAUGAGGACUUUGCACCUUGAACAAGGUAGUUGCUGACUGCCGAGCAGACAGUGUUCAAAGAAACUAGAAGCAGCAUUAUUACUUCUUGUCCACUGGAAAGCUGCAAAAUAACACUAGUCACAAAGCAUUUAAAAAUGGUUAAUUUAAUGAUGUUGAAAGAAACCACCAGGUG